CAUAGACACACAUUUCACUGUCUUACGCGCUGGUCUGAGGCACAGGCCAGCGGAACACGCGUCUGUCCUGAAUUGUGGAAAUAUUUUUUGCUCGUAUCGUUGGAUGUUUAAAGAGGCGAGUGUGUGCAGCUGUGGACACACUGUACCUCUGAGGGGCGGGGACUAAAGUUUUCCAAAAAAAAAAACAACCACAUACAUGCAAACGUUUUCCACCACCAGCCGCUCUGGUGUCUGGGGCUGAAAUCAUCGGAAAUUUAAGAAGUAACCUUAGUCUAUAGUAUAUACACACAUUUCUAGGGACAGAGAAUACACAUCGGAAAAGCGUUUACGAAUCAGAGAUGAGUGAGGCGGAGCAGGUGCCCGAGGACAUGCCUGCAUGCCACGAUGAUGAGCCCGGGGAUUCAGCCAAAGACCAUCCUCAGCCACAGCCGGGCAUGUUGGGCAGACUGGCGGGCGGCUUAUACGGUGCCACCAAAGGGGCUCUAGGAGCCACAAUCGAGGGUGUCACCUGGGUCGGAGGAAAGGGUCUGGACCUGACCAAGAGUGCCGUGAGCACCGUAGUUUCUGUGCCUGCCGCCGGCGUGGGCCUGGUCAAAGGCGGCGCCAGCGCAUUAGCCGGUGGAGUGACGGCCGUGGGCUCCGCGGUGGCCAGCAAAGUUCCGAUAGGAGGCAAAAAGAAAGACAAGUCUGACUGACGGAUGAAUGAGCCGUUCGACGCACACACUCACCACAGCAUCCGGUCUGAGACGGCUGAGCAGGAAAACUUGUGCAUGUUUUAAUCUGGGGUCUGUGUUUACAAUUCUUCUUCAGCUUCUGUUUUUAUAUACAUACAAAUGUUGUGUGUACAUGUACUCUUCAACUUUGUGUCAAGGAAGUGUAAAGCAACAGCUUCCGGUGACUGUGAUCUGUCGCAAAUGAAAGCAGUCUUGAAUGUCAGCGCCUGCUUUUCUAUUAAACAAUUUUGUAGUUCGUAUUCGGGACCACGAGUGCUGUAGAGAGAGGCAUGAAAAAGGCACCUUAUGCGAGACUAACAAUUUACAUCAUGAUGGAUGCUAUAACUGACAACACCAACCAGGACCGCCUGCAGAUUCUGUGGGUUUUCUAGUUACUGGUCUGCACUGGUCACAGUCUUUUCUACUUAUGAAGCUGCCAUUGCUGAAAGUAGACUGUCUCUCUGCGACCAGAAAACGACACCAAUACAUUUUUUUAACCUGGUUGAAUCAGUCAUUGUGGUCUAGAGCGCCCUCUGGUGUCAUCGAAUAAGCUGGUUUAAAGACACAACAGAAGUUCAAUGGAAAGCUUUGGUCAGUUAUGCAAUGUAAGAAUGCGAGUUUAGACAUUUCUGUCCCUGAUAAGUAUUGGAUGAUCCAGGUGGAGUGAAAUGAACUUGCUUCUACUUGUUCUGAAACAUUUCUCCCCCUGCGCAGUCAUUGGUUACAUUCUGUACGAUGCCAGGAUUUCACCUUGCAUUUUUUUAACAGUCAUCUAAAUCUGUCGACACAAAAACAUGGAUGAUGAGUUGAGCUGUUACGGAGAGCUUGUUAUUAUCAGUGUUUUGUUUGGGAAAUGAGAGUUGAUGUAUUCGAGCCUUGAAAUAAAAGUUGAUGCAGUGUGUGUGUGAGAUGUGGAUCUGUGUGUUGGUGUCAAUAAUUGUUUUCUUCUUUUCCCCUUUGCCAUGACUCUUCAGAUGAGCACUGCUGCAGGAUUGGUUACCUUUAAUCCACAUGGGGGCAAAUAAAUCCACAUAAAUAAGCUGUUUCCAUCUAGCACAGCUGAUGUGGUCGAGUCAACGUGCAAAACAA